AUGGUACAUUUCUUUUGUAACUUUAAAUACUAGGAAACUCGAAAACAUCGGACAAACUAAACGGUUAUAGUAGUUAUACACGUUCCGCGUUCAAACCAAUUAGCAAAUCGGACAUGACCGAGUUCCUGAGUUCCGAAAAGCACUUGAACGCGAAAUUAGUCAUUGGGAGUGGCAGAGCCGGUUUUUUCAAGGCAUCAUGGCGGAUCCCAGAGACAGGGGACUUCAAGAUUACAGAAAGAAAUUGCUCGAGCACAAAGAAAUUGAUGGACGCUUGAAAGAAUUGCGUGAACAACUGAGAGAACAGACAAAACAGUAUGAAAAAUCAGAAAAUGAUCUGAAAGCUCUACAAAGUGUUGGACAGAUUGUUGGUGAGGUCCUGAAGCAGCUUACAGAGGAAAAAUUCAUUGUCAAAGCAACCAAUGGCCCACGGUAUGUGGUUGGAUGCAGACGGCAACUGGACAAGGCUAUGCUCAAACCUGGUACUAGAGUUGCAUUGGAUAUGACCACUCUGACUAUCAUGAGGUACCUUCCCAGAGAGGUGGACCCCCUUGUGUACAAUAUGUCUCAUGAAGACCCUGGCAGCGUCUCCUACUCUGAGAUCGGAGGCUUGGCUGAGCAGAUCAGAGAGCUCAGAGAGGUGAUUGAGCUGCCUCUGACCAACCCUGAGCUCUUCCUGAGGGUGGGCAUCAUCCCCCCUAAAGGCUGCCUGCUCUACGGACCCCCAGGAACUGGAAAAACACUUUUGGCCAGAGCAGUUGCUAGCCAGCUUGACUGCAAUUUUCUAAAGGUGGUGUCCAGCUCCAUAGUGGACAAGUACAUUGGUGAGAGCGCUAGGCUGAUCCGAGAAAUGUUCAACUAUGCCAGAGACCAUCAGCCCUGCAUCAUCUUCAUGGAUGAGAUCGAUGCCAUAGGUGGUCGUCGUUUCUCUGAGGGGACGUCUGCAGACAGAGAAAUCCAGAGGACACUGAUGGAGCUGCUGAACCAAAUGGAUGGCUUUGACACCCUGCACAGAGUGAAGAUGAUCAUGGCCACCAACCGUCCGGACACGCUGGACCCUGCCCUUCUAAGGCCAGGGAGACUGGACCGCAAGAUCCACAUCGAACUGCCCAAUGAGCAGGCUCGGAUGGACAUUCUGAAGAUACACUCUGGACCAAUCACUAAGCAUGGAGAGAUGGAUUACGAGGCCAUUGUGAAGUUGUCUGAUGGAUUUAAUGGAGCUGAUUUAAGGAACGUGUGCACUGAAGCAGGCAGACAACCGAGUUUUAUUUCCUCACGUGUUUCGCGCUCUGGAUGCCAGGCAAGCUUGCUCAUUCCACCUACACUGCCACUCAGCCAAGCAGGUACAGAACUGACUUAUUCGGGGCUGCCAAAUGUCACAUCGAUAGCCAGGCAAAUAUAGAUUCAAACUUGCCUGCAGGAUAUUGAUGUUUCUGAAUGGGUUUUGCCAGACCUAACCAGGGAUGUGGUGGAGGGUGAACGCCGUUUAUACCUUUUUAUUUGGGAAAUAGCGUUUACUCACGUUUUUGUUAAUUAUCAUUUACACACUUAUUGCGCGUUGAUCACUGCUCUGAAGGCUUCUUGAUCUGAGUUCUAAUCGUGCCUACCUCUGCGAACGAGGGGAAUCAUAAAUUAUUCAUGUAUGCUUGUUAUGUUCGUCUGCUCCCCCGGAUUUGCCUUGUUAGCAGCGCAUUCAUUCACCACUCUGUCCAGCGGGAAACUCCGCCCACGACAUAGGCCGAGAGGUGAAACGAACUACCUCAGCCCAGACCUACAGUGGCAAGUAGCAGAGAGAUGUCACUGACAGUGAGACUUAUUUUAACAACCCUUGACUUCAACAGACAUCCCCCAAACAAACCAACCCCUGACUCUCAGCGAAUGAGUGUACAACUGGUAAAUUGUCACUGAUAUUUCAGUCCGAUGUCUAGCUAGGUAGCUCAAGGGCUCCGGCUAUUAGCCAGGCAGCUAACUAUAACUACCUGGCUGGAAGGAUGAAGUUAGAAGCUAAUGUUGAACGGAGCCUGACCGCAGCAUGAGCAGUUGACUGAAAUAAGUUAUCAUAACAAAAUUCCUUUUCUUUAUUGAGAGUAGUGAGACAGACAUUGUGGUGUGUCAGGCUGUAAUGAAGGAGGUAAAGGAGAUGCACAGAGAGAGGAAGCAUUGACGCGAGCAGGGAGAGAGGUUACGCCUUGAUCACACCGACAGCGUGAAUGCAUUUUGGUACACCAGAAGUACUGUACAUUAAUUUCCAAUGGAACGCUGCGUUUGACUUGCAGCAUUGCGUUGCAGAGGCAGUUGCAGUGCGUCCUGUUUGGUGCAUACCUUGGAUUUAUCGAAGGUAUGCAUAAACGGCUUGACAGAAAUGGUAGCAGAAGGUGAAUGUUGAACUUCUGUUGCACACACGUCCAGAUGAUGCUGCGUACCAAUUGUGCAAUUCGCUGUAGGUGUGAUUAAGGUGUUAAUAGUACAGUGGUUCCCAAACUAGGGGGUCCGGGACCCAUGUGGGGUCCGUGACCCAUGUGGGGUCCGGGACCCAUGUGGGGUCCCCUAAAAUGUAAAUAGGGUCCUGAGAGUCUUUAAUCUUAACAAACACAUUCAUAACUUCUUUCUCUUCAAAUGCGUAUAGAAUACAACAUUUUAGAGUCAACUAAGGCUCUUUUACACUGUCAGAAUUCAUUUUCAUGUCUGUGUUGGGACAGCCUAUGGAACCUAACAUUUUGUGAAUUAUAAAGACAAUUUUAAAUAUAAAGACAAUAUAUUAUGUACACUGAACAAAAAUAUAAAUGCAACAAUUUCAAAGAUUUUACUGAGUUACAGUUCAUAUGAGGAAAUCAGUCAACAUCAUCAGUCCUGACUUACCACUCGUGUAUGUAGUGAAACACGUAAUAUUGAGUAGAACUUAAGGUAGGAAUGAAUAGUAAGUUAGAUAUUUAUUUAUUUUUUCAUGAGGUUCUGGCGAUAUACUGCCAUCUGUUGGCGACUAGAAACAAUUUCAUAAUAUGACCUAUUACAAAUAUAUACAGUUGAAGUCGUUCACAUACACCUUAGCCAAAUACAUUUAUACUCAGUUUUUCCACAAUCCCUGACAUUUAAUCCAUGUAAAAAGUCCCUGUCUUAGGUCAGUUCGGAUCACCACUUUAUUUGAAGAAUGUGAAAUGUCAGAAUAAUAGUAGAAAGAAGGAUUUAUUUCAGCUUUUACUUCUUCCCACAUUCCCAGUGGGUCAGAAGUUUACAUACACUCAAUUAGUAUUUGGUAGCAUUGUCUUUAAAUUGUUUAACUUUGGUCAAACGCUUCCCACAAUAAGUUGGGUGAAUUUUGGCCCAUUCCUCCUGACAGAGCUGGUGUAACUUGAGUCAGGUUUCUAGGCCUCCUCGCUCGCACACGCCUUUUCAGUUCUGCCCACAGAUUUUCUAUGGGUGUGAGGUCAGGGCUUUGUGAUGGCCACUCUAAUACCUUGACUUUGUUGUCCUUAAGCCAUUUUGUCACAACUUUGGAAGUAUGCUUGGGGUCAUUGUCCAUUUGGAAGACCCAUUUACGACCAAGCUUUAACUUCCUAACUGAUGUCUUGAGAUGUUGCUCUCAAUAUAUCCACAUAAUUUUCUUUCCCCAUGAUGCCAUCUAUUUUGUGAAGUGCACCAGUCCCUGCUGCAGCAAAGCACCCCCACAACAUGAUGCUGCCACCCCCGUGCUUCACAUUUGGGAUGGUGUUCUUAGGCUUGCAAGCAUCCCCAUUUUUCCUCCAAACAACAUGGUCAUUAUGGCCAAACAGUUAUAUUUUCGUAUCAUCAGACCAGAGGCAUUUCUCCAAAAGUACAAUCUUUGUCUCCAUGUGCAGUUGCAAACCGUAGUCUGGCUUUUUUAUGGCGGGUUUGAAGAAGUGGCUUCUUCCUUGCUGAGCGGCCUUUCAGGUUAUGUCGAUAUAGGACUCGUUUUACUGCGGAUGUAGAUACUUUUGUAACUGUUUCCUCCAGUAUCCUCACAAGGUCCUUUGCUGUUGUUCUGGGAUUGAUUUGCACUUUUCACACUAAAAUACGUUAAUCUCUAGGAGACAAAACGUGUCUCCUUCCUGAGCGGUAUGUCGGCUGCGUGGUCCCAUGGUGUUUAUACUUGCCUACUAUUGUUU